AUGGCGCAAUCAUCUAGAAAUGGGAAUAUUUCGAACGCAUUUAAUAAAAUAAGCCGAGAGGUUGAUAACAUUAGAGUAUAUAUCCAAACGCCUCAUAUAUCAUCUUUACGUCCGAACGAUGUUUUAAUAAAACUUCGAUUGAUUGUGGAAGCAUCAGAAGCAUUACAAACAAUAGCACGAACUUCAAGUCCCCAGGAUAAUCAAUUAAUUAAUAGAUUAAACAAUCGCGCGGUUCUUGCUGAAGGACGAGUAGUUAAUUUAGAAACCCAGUUGAAUACAAUCCAAACUAACUAUGGUGUUCUUUAUCAGAAUUACCGGUCCUGCAAAUUACUUUACCAUUUCCAGAAUGCAACCUGUAUAGAAAGGGAAAAACGUAUAUCUGAAUUGCUUCAAGAAAAAUUCGCAUUUCGGUUUAUACUUCGAAGAUAUCGGAAUUUACAACUACAACUGGAUAUGUGUAAAAAUGAUUUACUUCUUAGCGAUCUUCAGCUUGAUACAAAGUGGGGAAAAUGGAAACGGGAACCUGAAGAAGAUGUUGAACAAUUUAUUGAUCUUUUUGCAGGAUAUUUAGCCGGUCUUGGUAUUAAUCCUGCAGAUAUGGCAGGUGGUCCUCCAUCUGGAAGUCAAAGAGCCUUGGGCCUUUUCAGAGCAUGUAUGAAAGGACCGGCGGCCGUUUGGUUUGAUGAGCAACUUACUGGAAAACGUUGGCGAUUGAACAAUUUAUUUAAUAAUCAUGGUCAAGCGGAUUGGGCAGGUGUUGUAGGCCGGACUAUGCAAGAGUUAGUUGCUUCUAAUAGCUUUAGAAAUCCAAGCAGAGCAUAUACUUAUGCUACCACCCCAGCUAAUAAUGCAACUACAUUAGCAAAUAGUGGGUUACUUCCAGCUUAUGGUCUGGUUCAAAACUGGAGAGAUAUUGAUGCAGUUGACUGGUUUAGAAAUAAUUAUCCUACGAUAUUGCAGGAACAGCGUGAAGUACGAUUUGGAAAUCUUGCUCAAGAAAAUGAUCCAGUUGAUGUCUUUUACAAAAAAGUACAAAAGUUUGGUCGGCUACUUAAUUUCGGCAAUGAUGUUGUUGAAAAUCAAUUCUUUAGAGGUUUAUCUCCAGAAAACAUGCUCGAGGCAGAUAGAAUUGGAUCUAAUAAGCCAUUAAAUGAAAUGGUUGAUUCCUUAAGGAGAGUUGAAAAAAGGAAAGCUGAAAUGCGCUUGGGUUUGUCCAAUAGAGAUACUAAAAAAGCUAUAAUUCGGGAGAAGCAUAGCUCUGAAUCUCCAACACGUACCAUAACUCCUGUACAAAUGCCUUCUAUAUCACAGCAGGAGCCUGUGAUAAUGAAGCCUGCAACUUUGGGAAUUUCACAAGAGCAGUUGGAUCAAAUGUUUAAGGCUCAUACUGAAAAAAUUAUGCAUAAUUUCCAGAAUCAACUUCGGACAUUUCAAAAAGAGAUUGUACAUCCAGUACCUAUACAACAGCCAACACCUUUAGAAAGCAGGGAAUCUCGUCGUGGAAGAAUAGAAGAGGUUCUACAACAAAUGAGAGAAGAUCGUAAAAAGAAUUAUUUAAGCAAUAUUGAUUUUCAAGAAGUUGGAAGAGAACUCCGUCAAGCAGAUCUUAAGCCGAUAGAUUUGGCAGUUGCACAAAGAUUUGCUGAACGUAGAGAACAAACUAAAAAUAAGCAACUUGAUAAUUAUAUUGAUAACGUUCUUUCUGGUGAUCUUGGUAAGCUCAAUAUUAAUGGUGAAGAAUCUAUAAAUACUUCCAAUUUAUUACAUAAGUCAGGGACUCAAGACAUUGUCUCUUUUGAUGAUAUCUUAGAUUUGGAUGAUGAUAAUUCAAAAUCUGCUACUAAAGAUACCAAAACCAAGAGUGCAGUAAAAAAGGUUUCCACGAAGAAGCCAGCUAUACAGAAAAAUGCUUCUUUGCCAGAGAUUAUAAAUUUGGAAAAAAUUAUUCGUAGCAUUGUUCAGAAGGAAUUGGCUCAGUUAGGAUUUUUAAAUGUAUUGCCAGCAAAAGAGAAAGUCAGCAGAGCUAGCAUGACCAAGAAAAAAAAUGUGGGACUCAAAGCUCCACUUUUGCCACUACCAGAGACUAGCAACGGCAAUGUACAGCCAGAUGAUGAUUUAGAUCUUAUGGAUAUUGAUCUCAUAAGAAUUGAAAAUACCAAAGACCUUGUGGCAGUAGAAGGAAUUGUGAAUGGUUCGAAAAUUCAAGCUCUUCUAGAUACUUGUGCUAAUGUUUCCUUUAUGCCAAAGCAAGUUCAGGAAGAAUUGGAUUUAAAAAUUGAUACUAGCAAGAUAUGUAAACUUACUGGUGCAUCAGGAGAAAAAAGAACACUAGGAAUGGUAAGAAAUUGUUUGGUAACUUUGGCUCCAGGAUGUGUUAUAGAGGAGGAUUUUGCUAUAGUUGAUAAUUAUCCUUAUCGAGAGAUCGCAUUAAGCAGGAAUUGUCUUAGGCGCUAUAAUUAUGAUAUACAUGAAUCUAGAGAUCAUGUAGCAAUUACCUGCAAUGAAAAAAAUUACUUCAUUCCCAUUGUGCCAGAUAAAAAUAGAUCAAAAAUUGAAGAAUGCUAG